CACCAUAUAUAAACCAUCUAACAUUGCCAUUCCUGAAGAGGUUAUUGGCGAACUGAUGUGUAACUUUAUUUAUUUACUCGCCAAAGCUAUUUUUUUUCCUUUCAUUUGGCACUUGACAAGUGUUAAUUUUGGACCUUGUGUAUAUUUUUCUAAGGAUUUUUCCCCCUGUCUGUUCCAUAAAUGCUCACAGAGAGCAAAAGGGAGGGAGAAAGGGGGAGAGAGAGAGAGAGAGAGAGAAGGAGCAAAAAAAAAAAGGGAGGGCAAAAAAGUGAGAGGGAAAGGAGAAUGUCAGUAGCCUGCAGCUAGACUUCGGAGAUUUUCGUGCAGUGCGCUCGUUGGGUUUGUAGGUGCUGCGCCUGGAUCUGACCUCCUCUCUUAGUCCAUAGCCAUAUAUAGUGUGAAUAUCUUUUAUGAUCCUCUUUUUUUUUUUUGGCUAGAGCGAACAGGGAAUGUGAGUCAACAUUUCAGCCUUUCUCAGGAAGCCAAGAAAGCAGACGUGUUUGUGCACACAUCUACACACUGACGCGCGCUCGCACACUUCUGCUGGCUGGAAUACACUGUGUGUUUGAGAGAGGUGCGCUGCUCUGCCUGCGAGUCGGACCGGACGAUCCCGCGAUACUCUCUGCUCAGAGGAGAAUGCGGCGUUGGGGCUGACAGACACACACACACACACGCACGCAUACCAGCUGAGGAUGGCCACCGCUGUGUUUCAGGUAUCCUCCUCCUGCGUUCCUGUUGCCAACUAUGAACUGGCCCCCAGCAAUGACCUCCCCCUGAAGCAUAUAGAGACAACAGGCUCAACCAAAUCCUCCAAGAGCAUGGAGUCUCGACGCAGACCGUCCAGGAGUUUGAGUUUGAUCCAGGCCAUGGAGGAAAACUAUGAGGUGGACCUGGUCUACAUCACAGAACGCAUCAUUUCUGUGACCUUCCCCAGUAAUGUAGAAGAACCGAGCUACAGCGCUAACAUAAAGGAGGUGGCCACCAUGCUACGCUCUAAACAUGGUGACAACUACUUGCUCUUCAACCUCAGUGAAAAGCGAUAUGACAUCUCCAAGCUGAAUCCCAAAGUGCUGGAUUUUGGCUGGCCGGACCAUCAUGCUCCAGCCCUGGAUAAGAUCUGCAGCAUCUGCAAAGCCAUGGACACUUGGAUGAACGCUGACAGUCACAAUGUGGUUGUCUUACACAAUAAGGGAAACCGAGGUCGAACUGGGGUAGUUGUGGCUGCGUACAUGCAUUACAGCAACAUAUCAGCGAGUGCAGACCAGGCUCUUGACAGGUUUGCCAUGAAGAGGUUUUAUGAAGAUAAAGUGCUUCCUGUGGGUCAGCCUUCCCAGAGAAGGUAUGUGCAGUACUUCAGCGGUCUGCUCUCCGGUCACAUCAAGAUCAACAACAAGCCCCUGUUUCUGCACCACGUCAUCAUGCACGGGAUCCCAAACUUCGAGUCCAAAGGAGGUUGCCGCCCUUUCCUCAAGAUCUACCAGGCUAUGCAGCCCGUCUACACAUCUGGGAUCUAUAACGUCCAAGGAGACAGUCAGACCAGUAUCUGCAUUACCAUCGAACCCGGCCUGCUCCUGAAAGGAGACAUAUUGCUCAAGUGCUAUCACAAACGCUUCCGCAGCCCGUCCCGUGAUGUCAUAUUCAGAGUGCAGUUUCACACCUGUGCUGUCCAUGACCUGGGCAUCGUCUUUGGCAAAGAUGAGCUUGAUGAAACAUUUAAAGAUGACAGAUUUCCUGAAUAUGGAAAAGUGGAAUUUGUCUUUUCUUUCGGCCCAGAAAAAAUCCAAGGAAUGGACCACCUUGAGAACGGGCCUACUGUUUCUGUGGACUACAAUACCCAAGAUCCUCUGAUUCGCUGGGAUUCUUACGAGAACUUCAACCAGCGCUGUGAAGAUUCCAUGGAAGACGUUAUUCACACACAAGGUCCAUUGGAUGGUAGUCUCUACGCUAAGGUUCGGAAGAAAGAGUCUCUGGAGGGAGGGAUCACAACUAAUGGUCUCCCAGCUGCUGUCGAUCAUGCUUUACCUGCAGUAGACCAGACUCUACCACCAGUCGACCACGCCUUGUCUGUAAGCAGUGACUCGGGCAACUCCACUGCUUCCAUCAAGACCGACCGCACAGAUGAAGCCAGCCAUCAGCCGGCCUUGGUGAGUCAGCCAUCCUCCCAGCCCCUUAGCCCAGAGGAAAAACAGGAGCUGGACCAGUUGCUCAGUGGUUUGGAAGCACCAAUGCAUCGGACAGGUUACCAAAGCAGCUCUGGCAGCGGAGGCGGUGGAGUCCUACACCUCGUCCCUGCCCAGGUUCACGUCAACGGACACAACAACAUAGACCGAGAGACAGAUAUACUUGAUGAUGACCUGCCCAACAGCCAGGAAGGGAACAGUGUGGACAGUCUCGGAACCCUCUCGUCAUUUGAGGGCAGAGCCACUCCAGCUGAUCUAUACUACCAGUCAGAGACGGUUAUUAACGGACAAGAUGUGCCCUACUUGGAGAAGGGUGUCCAUGAGAAAAUGCCAGAGCCCAGAGUUCACAGCUCCUCAUCUGUCCAGGAGAACUUGGGGGCUUCUAGUGGCUAUACCAACCAGAAUGGCAACAUCUACCGAUCUCAAUCAUUAGGGGCAACCCCGACCACAGAGCAGAAAUACAUGCCCAAAGCUCCCACACGCACAACCAGCAGUAGGGAUGCAGUGCAGAGGGGACUGAAUGUGUGGCAACAAUAUGGUGUUCCUGAGGUCCCGGUCACAGAUGGGAUCACCUUCAGCCCUGUACUACAAUCCCACAGCCUUCCAGAGUUCCCUCCCAUGUCAUCUCAACAAGAAAUUGAACAGUCCAUUGAGGCCCUCAACAUGCUGAUGCUGGACCUCGACCCAGCACUUACUCAAGUCCCCAAGUCCCAUAGUGCCCCAUCUGGAGAAGGUGGUGUAGUCACCACACAGCCAUCUUUCUCUCAGACCCAGGCACGGCCAUCCUACCAGGCUGAUGCAGCCAUUCAUGAUCGUGGUGGGGCCUCAUUGGCGGGAUACCCUUUGACAUUUCAACAGGUAGCCGCAGAGCCUCCACAACCCACCAUGAACCAGCAGAAACCCACAGCCAUAUCCCAGCAUGCUGCAUUCCCUUCUGAGGCAGAAGGUCAGGCUCCCAUGUCCCAGUCCACAGUGCCUUCCUCCACCUUUGGAGUUCUCCAGUUAAAACCCCUCAACAUUUACCCCUCAAGUACCACAUCCCAGUCCCCUGAGCCCCAGGAGACCCAGUGUGGAUACUCUGCCUCCUCAUCCCCUCUGCCCAAAGAGUCUGAACCGGAAGAUACCAACUACAAAUUGGAGGGUCUUGUAGCUCACCGUAUAGCUGAGUACACUGCUCGUAUUCAAGGCAUCAGUGACAGACAGAGCGUUCCUGAGCUUGUCCCUCGUCACCGCUCUCUCUCCUUCAGUGGAGUUCAUUUUGGUGAAAUGUCACCAGAUGAGGCUUCAGUUCCUGGAUGGUGCCGGACUACCAGUGAGGGCCUUUCCCAAGAUGAGAGCCCAACCCGAGGAGGCUCGGUCCGCUCCCCCAUUCGCUGCAUCUCACCCGAGCUGGCCAAUACGAUUGCUCUGAAUCCUGGGGGACGGCCCAAGGAGAGACACAUGCAUAGCUACAGAGAAGCGUUUGAGGAAAUGGACGGGGGUCCCGUCAGUCCCCCUCCGAUCGUUGGUGGUGAGGCCCUACCCCAAACCCCUGCCUUCCCUGUCUCGCCACAAACCCCUUACUUCAACCUGAGUCGAUCUCCUCCAGGAUUGGCUAAAACACCUUUGUCCUUCCUGGGCCUGAAGCCCCACAAUCCUGCUGAGAUACUGCUCAACCAGACGGGCUCAGAGCCUCGUAGCUAUGUGGAGUCUGUGGCCAAAGCAGCAACAGUGACAGGUGGGCCGCCAGCAUCGCCCGUGUCUCCAACAUAUGACAGUGACAGCUUAGCUCAUCCUGUCGGGCCUUCCCAUGCCUACAACGCUCCUCUUUCCUCCAGCAGCCCCAUUCAGAGCCCAGAUGCAGUUGAAAGCACAUUGGCCGAUAGCGGGGUGGGAAUGAAUUCUCUGUCCCAGGCUGCUGUCGACUCCGUCCUUCACUCCCAGCCCUCUGAAAGAACAUACCAAACACCCACACCCUCCUACCCCACCUCCAGCAGCAUGUUGGGUAGCUACAUCACCCCUGAUAUCAGCCCCUCUAUGCCAGGGGUUGUGCAAAACAACACCACAACAAUCCAGCCACUCACCGGUAGCCCUGGCACAAGACACCACACUGUCCUGCCUGACGUCACGUCCGCUCCCAACCUUCAGCACAGACUAGCCAAUCAGGACGGCCCUGUUCUGGGCCAACAGCCAACCCCGGUCAAUGGUCAUCUGCCUGGAAUGGCUAGUAGUCCCAUGCAAGGAAGACACACCAUGGUGUCCCAGGGAACGCAGAGCAGCCCGAUGCUGUCCAGACAGUAUCCCAACACCCACGGAACUCAGAGUAGUCCGAUUCUCAGCAGGCAGCCUAUGGGACAAGCUGUCCAGAGCAGCCCGGUGCUCAACCGACAGGCAUCCCUCAAUCAACCAAUCAUUCUGCCUAACCAAAGCAGCCCGGUGUUGAGUAGACAGCCGUCCGUUACCCAGCCCAACCAGGGCAGCCCCGUCCUGAGCAGGCAGUCCUCACUUACGCAUCCCAGUCAGGGCAGCCCCAUUCUGGGACACCACCCGUCCAUCACGCAGGGUAGCCCCAGUCUGGACAGGCACCCGAUGUACAGCGGCUACACCACUCCGGACGAGCGACACGGAGCCCUGUCGCGCCAGAGCAGCUCCUCUGGAUACCAGCCGCCAUCGACGCCUUCUUUCCCAGUCUCUCCGGCCGGAUACAUAGAGGGAGUGGGAUUCAGACAGGGCAGCCCUGGCCUCCAACCUCAGCUUCCCGAGAAGAGACGCAUGUCCAGCAGCGAUCGCUCCAAUGGCGGACUGUCCUACGGAACGCUCAACGGGAAGAUGUCCUCGCCGGUGUCCAGUGGCGGCAGCACUCCAAGCGUUCAUUUCUUCAACACGCUCCCUGAUUUCUCCAAACUCAACAUGUGCGAUGGAAGUCCAGAGACUAGGCUGAACGUGAAGUUUGUCCAGGACACGUCCAAAUUCUGGUAUAAACCAGAUAUCUCCAGAGACCAAGCGAUCAACAUGCUGAAGGAUCAAGAGCCUGGAGCCUUUGUCAUUCGGGACAGUCAUUCAUUCAGAGGGGCCUACGGCUUGGCCAUGAAAGUUGCCUCUCCACCUCCAACAGUGCAGCCUACAAAGAAAGCUGGAGAUGUCACUAACGAGUUGGUUAGACAUUUCCUGAUUGAGACGAGUCCGAAGGGCGUGAGACUGAAGGGCUGCCCUAACGAGCCAUACUUUGGCUGCCUGUCUGCACUGGUCUACCAGCACUCCAUCACUCCACUGGCUCUACCCUGCAAACUAGUCAUACCAACCAGAGAUCCACUGGAGGAAUCGCCUGAGACUGCAACACCAACUAACCCGGCGACAGAGAUGCUCAAACAGGGUGCAGGGCAGAAGAGUUCAGCUGACUCCCAUGCAUGCAAUGUCCUGUACAUAAACUCUGUGGAUAUGGAGUCUCUGACUGGCCCUCAGGCCAUCGCCAAGGCCAUCUCAGAAACCAUGACGGCCAGUGCGGCGCCCUCAGCCACCAUCGUUCACUUCAAGGUGUCGGCACAAGGCAUCACGCUCACCGACAACCAGAGAAAGCUUUUCUUCCGGCGCCAUUAUCCCAUCAGCACGGUCACGUUCUGCGACAUUGAUCCACAGGAGAGGAAGUGGAGCAAACCAGAGGGUGGCACUGCAAAGUUCUUUGGCUUUGUGGCCAGAAAACAAGGCAGCACAACAGACAACGUCAGUCACCUGUUCGCAGAGAUGGAUCCUGAUCAACCGGCCACGGCCAUCGUCAACUUUGUCUCUAAAGUGAUGAUCAACUCUCAGAAGCGGUGAACUCGUCACACAGCUCUGCUUUCUGGAGGACUUUCAUUUUGCUCUGUUUUUUUUUUUUUUACGUUUCUGUUUUACGUUCUGUGUGUUUGGGUGAGAGGCUGUGUGUACGUGUGGUUGCGAAUGUGUGAGGAAAGGUUAUUCGGACGGUAGUGAGGAAGAGGGACAGAGGAAGUGCAGUGUGGGCGUAGAGGAGCGAAGUACAGAGGGGAGGUGAUCUUCAUCUCACUUGGAGGGGACGUGGAAAUGAUGUCAGUGAUUGUAUUGCUUGUUUUUUAGAAAAAAGGACAAGAAAAAGUAAAAAAAAAAAAAAAAGAGUUGAUGAGGAGGCUGAAAUCUGGGGCUGAUGUACCAAAGAUAAGAGAGCAGUCAGGACAAACCAAUCAUUACUCAAGCGUCCUUGUAUAUCUUGGUAAACCACAGCUGCUUCGUCAAAACUGUACAUAUGAACUGAAGCAUCACCUCUUUUCUUUCUCAAAGCGGCUCCGGUUUUUCACAUUUCAUAUGCCUACUAAAAGCAGUUUCCAGUCCACUCUGGAUAAACUCAAAACCUUGUGGGGAUUUUGAAGAUCCCUCACUUAUAACAGACCUAGCAGAAGCUAAAAGUGAGGACGAAUGAGACAUCUUCACCCUCAGAGAGAACAUGGGAUGCUGGAGUCAUUGUUUCAGUAAUUCAGUGUCUCCGUUCACCUGCGGUCCAUAAAUACAUCCAGCAGUUUCCCUACUCUGAAAAGUGCAAUACAAUGGCACCCGAAGUCAGAUUUCCAGGUUCAUUAUUGAAGUCGGAUAUGGGAGAUGUCUACUGAAAGUUUCUGUUGCCUGAAACUCAAUUUUGCAGGUGUUUAAGUGCCAACGAACAGUAAAGCAACCAAAUUGCAUUCUUUGUGCAAUGCUAGCUUUUGUUCUGCAGGUAUGUAAUUGUCAAAAAACAUUUUAUUUGCUUAAAACCGAACAUUUAUCAUUAUCCGUGCACAUCUAUUUUGGUGCCGCCAUGUUAGCGUGACUUUACGCAUAGGCCUACCGUCUAAACAAGUCACAUUUGUUUAUAUAGUGCUUUGUACAAUAAAGAAAAAGUUUCAAAUAAGCUUCAGCAGUGUUCAUUUUACAAAGUUUUCGAGAAAGAUCUCUGUGAAAUGACAGUAAUAGAUGGAUGUCCGACUUUAAGUGUCAUUCUUUUGCACUUUCCAACUAGGUACUGAGCUGAAUGAAGAAACAUAUAACACAAAUCUUUUAUGCAAGUGUCCAGCGUCACCUUUUAGUUCCCGGGGCCGGUUGCAUAAACCACUUAGACUAGUCUUAAAAAUGUUUUCUUGAAGAGCGGUCCUAAUUUUUUAAAGUCCGUUUCAUAAAAAGGUAGAUUGGUGUCAUUUGAAUUGGAAAAAUAACAUUGAUUACCCCUUGGUUAACUGCAAGUUGGUCAAACAAAGUUUCUGCAACUGGCCCCUGGUCUUAGGUCUUCACUUGCUAGCGUCCAUUAGCCGCUGCUGAGCUCUCUUCUCUUCAGGUCUGAGUGUGCAUCAUCGUGUAUCUGGCAGUAAGGUGUGAAUCUGUCACUGUAUCUCUAUGCCUCGCUUAAAACACACUCUCACACUAUCAUUCUACCCCAAAGUAAGCUAAGUAUAUAUACUUCAAAAAGUGAUUUUACUGAAUAUUUAUUGUAUUAUUAUGUUUUUGCUACUUUUUUUGCGCUAUGUUAACUCAUUUACCCAUAGAUAUAUUGUAUAGUCUACAUAAAGAUUAGCCUCUGAAAGAAAUACUCUUUAUUUUGGCUAAUAUUUCACAAUCAUGAGGUUUUGAGAAGCAUUCUAUUAUAUAUGGUGUAAAUUGUAUGUUUUCGGAAAGCUUGUCAUUAUUGGAUAUUUUCUCACAUCGUUUUUCUUUGGCGUUAGAUCGACAUUCUAAAUAGAACUCACUGUCGCUUUUGCAUACGUCCUAAAGUUCUUUCGGAUAAAGUGAGUUGGCUGAUAUGUUUACUGCAAGAGGCUUUGUGUAAAGAAAAGUAAGGAAGUGUCUUUAUUUUUGUAUUGUUGUUAUUAUUAUUAUUAUUUUGCCGUCUUUUCCCUCCCAGUAUUCAGCCAUCGGUGAAACCCACACGUUUAGCCGCUAGCAGUGAUUCUCUCAGGCAGAAUUCAGUAUUUUGUUUCAUACUGCCAUCGUGAGGCGCUGUCAGGUAUUGCCAGCCAUAUCGUCAUCUAUGCAUCCUCUACAAUUACCUUAGAUUCACAGACCUGUUCUGAAUCCUUACUAAAUUUAGAUUUAAAGCAAUACUGCAGUGUUUUAACUGUGAUUUGAGGUGAAAGUACUCAUUGACUCUUUAGUUUAAGCAGGAUGUUCGAUCCGUGCGGUCCCACGUCUCCACAAAUAGGGUGUCUUCAAAACAAUUAUUGCUUCCCCCCCCCCUAUGUAAAUACUUCAUUUUUGCCAAAGAUUUUAUUUCACAUUUAUAUGCCUGAGUUUGAGAUUUGAUCACUGUCUGGUCGUAUGCGAACGAUGGCUUGUUGUUUUUAGCAUGGGGGUCUGUUUUGACUCGAUGCACAUGCUAUAUGACGUGUUCGACUGUGUUUGGUUGCCAUGAUUCCCUUUUGUUUAGCCUUAAAUACUACUCCAAAAGAAUGCAAAGCACUUAACGAUCAGGAGCUGAAAAAUUGCAAAACAUCAGAUAAAAACGACUGCUUCAAUUAUAACAGCAACACCGUGUUUACACUGGAAGCGUCCAGCGGUUUGAGGUUGUCUGAACUGGAAGCUCCAGGCUACGCUUCAAUCAAAAUACAAUUUGUGGCAAAUAAAAUCUUUUUUAAAAUCCACUUUGCAUGGUUUGUUUUAUAAUACCAAUGUUCUUACACACAAUUGGCCUCAUUUAUGAAAGUUGUGCAGAAUUUCUGUGUGCAUGACUCGUAAGUCCACUCUUAUGUAAGUAGAUGCAUUUAAUUGAGUUUACAUAAGAAUGAAUUUACAGAUUACGCAGUUAAUUUGUCAUGUUUCAUGAAUAAGACACUGUAUUAGUAUUAAAACAAAUGUGUACUUAGAUGGUUUAAAUAAGUAGGCCAUGCAAGCUGAUAUUUGCAAGUAAAAAAAAUCAGAUAAUUAUCAGCAUAAUUAAAGGUGCUUCGAGCGAAUUCUGAGAAACGUGGAUCGGACCGAGAACCAAAACACACUUGUAGCCAAUCAGCAGUAAGGGGCGUGUCCACUCAUUGGGGGGAGGUGCCUGUGUUGCAUAGGGUUUUCGUGAAUUUCCUUUUGGGUAGGGGCAUGUUUGUUUUGGUGAUUUCAAAUAUCAACAACGUUUCUCAGAAAUUGCUUACUGUACCUUUAAGUCACUGGAAUGUAGAAAGUGUAGACAGUUGAGUUGAUUGUCUAUGUUUGUCGUACUGGACGUGUCUGGUGUAGACAUGGUGUAAGAGUGAUUAUGCACACUAGAAUCUAUAUAUAUAUAUAUGUAUUUACUUGCUUUGCUUGCCUUUCUGGACAUUUAAUUCGGUGCAUAGGCUAAGAUAAACAACAUUUGUUUUCAAAAAAUAUUUUACAAACCACACAGAAAUUGAUUUUGCAUUUACCUGAACAUAUCUACGCAGUCAGACAAAGAGAUCCUCCAACAAAAUCAGCUCCAUACUCCUCCAUGUAUUAGUCAGCAGUGUUGUAUUAUUAUAUAUAUAUAUUUUUAUGUCCACUUGUUAACAGACUUAGAAUGUGUGAAUGAGCUACUAUUGCUGUACAGAACCACGUUGUUUUAUUUGCUUCAUGUUUUACAGCCUCAUUGUAUUGUUUUGGCAAAAAAUAUACAUUAAAGAGCGAUCCAAAUCAGUUACAUUAAAGUACACUGUUGCUAGAAAAA